ACUGAUACUGUGCUAGCCUCUGUAUUGGUGUGUGGGCGCUCGAAGGAUUUGGGGGAAUCAUUAGCGUUAUUCCUCUACUGGAUAAUACAGCGAUUAGAGCUGGAGCGCAUUUAUAAAGUCACUGUUCCGCUGUGUUGGAGUGUGUUUUAAUUCAAGCUUUGUGCGCGUCUUUACUGUUUGGGCAACUUUGCAGUGAAACACCUGCUAGCUAGCCUCUGCUAGCGCUUCUGACUCGUGUAGGAGUUGCAGAAGGAAAAUGUCAGAUUUUGACGAAUUCGAGCGGCAGCUAACGGAGAACAAGCAAGCUGACCGAGAUAAAGAGAACAAGCAGCACCGGAGGAGCAGCACCAGGAGCCGGAGCAGAGAGAGGGACAGGAAAAGGAGGAGCAGAGACCGAGAGAGACGAGGAAGCCGAGAUCGCCAUGGGGACACCAAGGACCGCAGACACAGGCGGAGUCGGUCUCCACACCGUGAGAAAAAGAAGGCCAAAGUGAAAAAGUACUGGGACGUUCCUCCUCCUGGCUUCGAACACGUCACACCCGUGCAGUACAAAGCCAUGCAAGCUGCUGGCCAGAUUCCUGCAACUGCCUUGCUCCCUACAAUGACCUCUGAGGGUCUGGCUGUGACUCCGAGUCCUGUGCCUGUUGUGGGCAGCCAGAUGACGCGUCAAGCUCGGCGGCUCUACGUAGGCAACAUCCCGUUCGGCAUGACUGAGGAGUCCAUGAUGGACUUUUUUAACGCCCAGAUGAGGUUGGGUGGCCUGACUCAGGCUCUGGGAAACCCAGUGCUUGCUGUGCAGAUCAACCAGGACAAGAACUUUGCCUUCCUAGAGUUCCGCUCGGUGGAUGAGACGACGCAGGCCAUGGCGUUUGAUGGCAUCAUUUUCCAGGGACAGAGUCUGAAGAUCCGCCGACCGCACGACUAUCAGCCACUGCCAGGCAUGAGCGAGAACCCAAGUGUUUAUGUUCCAGGUGUCGUUUCCACCGUGGUGCCUGACUCGGCUCAUAAGCUCUUCAUCGGCGGACUUCCUAAUUAUCUCAACGACGACCAGGUGAAGGAGUUGUUGACUUCCUUUGGUCCUCUGAAAGCCUUUAACCUGGUGAAGGACAGCGCCACUUGUCUCUCGAAAGGCUACGCCUUCUGUGAAUACGUUGACGUCAGUAUCAGCGAUCAGGCUAUCGCUGGGCUCAAUGGCAUGCAGCUAGGGGACAAGAAACUCCUAGUCCAGAGAGCCAGUGUCGGAUCCAAGAACACUACACUGCCUGGGAUCAACCAGACGCCAGUGACGCUGCAAGUGCCUGGCCUGAUGAACAGCUCCAUGAACCAGAUGGGCGGCAUCCCCACCGAGGUGCUGUGUCUGAUGAACAUGGUGUCCCCCGAGGAGCUGCUGGAUGACGAGGAAUACGAAGAGAUCGUAGAAGACGUCCGGGACGAGUGCAGCAAAUACGGCCAAGUGAAGAGUAUCGAGAUCCCGCGGCCUGUAGACGGCCUCGAGGUGCCUGGUACUGGCAAGAUCUUCGUGGAGUUCAUGUCUGUGUAUGACUCUCAGAAAGCCAUGCAAGGCUUAACAGGCAGGAAAUUUGCCAACAGAGUGGUGGUGACCAAAUACUGCGAUCCUGACGCCUACCACAGCCGAGACUUUUGGUAGAGACGGCGGAAAGAAAGAAUGAGAGACCUGAUUGAGAUAUGAGAGCGUUACAUGGACAUGGAUUAAGGAGAUUUUUAGGGGCAAAGCAUGAUUUCAUUUAAUUUUUUUUAAUUAUUAUUUGAAAUCACCAUGACUUGAAAGAAGACGCACCAUAAGAAUUCCUUGCUUUGCAGUAUUUUGGAGUUAUACUGUUCAGCAAAAAAAACAGUUCUUUGUGUUUGGACUUUAAUGGUGGAAUAAAUCGACUGUGAAGCAUAAAUAGCACGGUUAAUGUGAGAGACCACACAGUGACUUGCUUUCUUUGUAUAUAGAACUAUCUCAGUACUGGAUCCAGCUACUGUACAUGUUUAUCCCAAGUUUAUUACCAUCGUCUUUUCCCCUUUUUCUUUUCAAGAAAGAAAUGUCUCCUCAGUUUUAUUUCGUCUGACUUUUUUGUUUGUAAGACAUUUUCUCCUGACUUGAUCUAACCAAAUUUGGUUUUAGGGUUGUUGUUUUUAUUAUUUUAAUCUAACCUCUGACAUCUACUGCCUUUUUUUUGUUGUUUUUUUUUUUUUUUGGAACGGAGCGAGUUAUAUCAUCCAUUGACCAUGUAAAAUCAUUUGGUAUAAUAAAGUCUAAUAAUCAUUCAAAUGGCUUUCUGCAUCAUUUUGUGUAGCUCUUCCUUUCAGACUGUGUAACAGCAGUGGGUCAGUUAGUAUUCGGACAAUUUUAAGAGAUGGAGGACACCAAGCUGUGGGAGGGUUGGGGUAUCCCUGCUGGUUUCUGUCAUUCUUCAGUUGUGCUUUUCUUUGGUAUUCUGUUUUUUGAGGAUGUGAUUUCUCAAAUUCAUUAAUAAAAAAAUCUUGGGGGUGGGGGACUAUAUAUGGGCGUGUGUAUUGGUUAUUUGAAAUCGGUGGUUCAUAUCUGCAGUCUGGAUUACCGAGCCUAGUUUUCCCUCCUCUCAACACAUCAGAUUAAGCUUGUUAGCUCAUUAUUAAACCUCCACACCUCCACUGACUUGGAUCGGAUGUGUUGGGAGCAGGUCCUCAGGACUGGAGUUGGGAAGCUGCUCAAAAUGAAAGUUGAUUAUCAACCUAUCAAACUGCAAAUUAGCGUUUCUGUCUGUACACAUUGCACUGAAUUUAAGUUGUCCUCAAAGACUCUUCUUGAAAUCUCUUGACAUGGCUCUGUGUAAAUUUAACAUAUGUUCAUGCUAUUGGCUUGUUCCUUUGUGACGAUAUCUUUCAUGGAUUCUGAACCAAAAAAAGAAGAGUUUAUAUUUUAAACGCAUGGUUAAUCCGUAAAUGCUGCUGCUCUUAACUAAUUCUGGAGUCUUCUAAAAUUGUAGUGCAGCCUUUCUAAACAAAUCUUCAUGUACACCAGCCACUUUAGAAGAAUCACUUGUGAACCUGCUUAUUCACACAAAUAUCCAGUCAUCCAAUCAUGUGGGAGUAGCACAAUUCAUAAAAUCAUGCAGAUACAGGUCAAAGAGCUUCAGUUAAUGUUCACGUCAAACAUCAGAACAGGGGAAAAAUCUGACCUUGGUGUCCCUGACCGUAGCAUGGUUGUUGG